ACAUUUCAAAUUCAGAGAUCUGAUUGGGUAAUAGUCGCAAGAAGAACCAAUCAGAAUUUGAAUAAUUUUAAUGAGGUGAUUGUGAAUGAGCUCUCCUCGAAAUCUCGUAAACACACUACGGUACUCGGGAAAAGUUGCGGAGCUAAGAACAGCGGACAGGUUCGAUUCCAUCAAAGAGGGCAAAGUAAUGAGUGAAGAAGUAGAAGAGAAUGUACCAAUUUUCCUUUCUUUCUGUAAUCUUGGUGUGAAGAUCAACGAUCGGCAAAUUCUUCAAAAUGUGAGCGGGAAAGUUCACCCUGGUGAAAUGUUAGCUGUAAUGGGGCCCAGUGGUUCUGGCAAAACAACAUUGCUUAACAUUCUCGCUGGAAGAUUGUCCCCAGAAGAUGGUGAAAUUCUUCUCAAUGGAACCAAGCUCAACAAGAAACUGAAAAAGAAGAUUUGUUAUGUUUUACAAGAAGAUAUUUUCUUUGCAAAUCUCACCCUUCGGGAAACUCUNCAAAAUGAAAUUGGUAGCCCAUUUGAGAGAGGAUUAUCUGGAGGGGAGAAGAAACGUGCAAACAUUGGCUGUGAACUGAUUACAAAUCCUUCCUUGAUUUUCCUUGACGAACCGACCUCAGGUUUGGACUCCAGCAAUGCCUUGAACCUCGUGAAAACUCUGAAGAACUAUGCAGCAAGAGAAAAGAAGACAGUGGUAACCACAAUCCACCAGCCAUCAAGUCAGAUCUUUUACAUGUUUGACAAAGUUCUUCUACUGUGUGGAGGACAGGUAGCUUAUUAUGGGAAGGCUGGCAAAGUGCUUGAUUUCUUUGAGAGUAUUGGUCUGGUUUGUGAUGCUCACUUCAACCCGGCAGACUUUAUUUUGGAAAAAGUAACUGAAGGAGAAGAAGUUCAAGAAAGGAUUGUGAAAGGCUGGGAUGAAAGGCGGAAAAGACAUCAGAAGUACUCAACAAUGCCCAGUAAGUAUACACCAGUAAAACUUGAGAAGUCAAGACCUACUACAGAGAACAAUAGCAAAGACGAGCUGGAAAAAGGCCAAGACACAGCAAGUGAAACAAGUAGCAGAAGUUCAGAUAAACGAUCUUAUGGAUAUCAGGCAGAUGAAGUUAGUGCUAAGCAAAAAGAUGGACAAUCAACAGUAACUGGAAACCCGCUACACAAAGAAGAAAUUAAUAAAUCUGAUGUCCCUGAGAAAGAAUUUGAAAAAGACACUUUGAAGAGCUCUGCAAGCAUCGAAGAUAGUGAAUCGGAUGAUGGGUUGUCAGAAGCAGUUGAUCAAAAUGAAGUGGUAACUGAACUCUUACCUCAUGAAAAACAGAAGAUGGAGAUGGGACUGAAUGAAACCCCAAAUGGAUGUGCACCAUCAAACGUUCAUGAAACAUCUCUAGAGCUUUCUGAAACAAACGAGAGUUCUACUCCUCUGAUUCAAAAUCCAAAACCAUCCAAGACUUUAUGGAGAAAUGUACGAGAUUCGUUUACUAAAUCAUCCGAGGCGCUAAACCCUCCAGUUCACACGGAGGCUCGGUUGUCCUCUGCAGACUUCAAUGUGGCUGUUGUCACUUACAAGCGUACUACUUCACGGGAUUACUCCAAAGUCGACAUCCAUUACCAUGAUGAUGAUGAAGAUCAAUCAGCCUUGUACAGCGAUAUCUCCACAUCAUGGGCCACUAGUUUCUGGACACAGUUCACGGUUCUGUUGCAGAGGACGUUUAAACAGUCCAAGCCUGAAAUUCUUUCAAAGCUUAAUUUUACUCAGUCUGUAGGUUUGUGGAUCGGCGCUACAGUGAUGGAUUUCAAGAAGUCAAUUGUCGUGGCUGCUGUAUAUGGUCUGACCUAUGCUCGUUUUGUUUUACAGCUAUUUUUCAUCGUUGUUUACUGGAAUUUCACAACACUCUUCGGUUCGCUCGUGUCAUUUCCAAAUGAAAGAACUGUGGUGAACAAAGAGAGAGCGGCUGGGUAUUACAGACUAUCAGCAUACUAUUUAGCCAAGCUUUCCAGUGAACUACCGCUGGUCGUGUUACAGCCCACGCUGUUUUUAAUCAUUGUAUAUUGGAUGGCGGGAUUAAACAGGAGCGAGGCUUUCCUUGGCACACUCUUUGUACUAUUGUUAACAGCCCUUACCGGACAGUCUGUAGGUUUGUGGAUCGGCGCUACAGUGAUGGAUUUCAAGAAGUCAAUUGUCGUGGCUGCUGUAUAUGGUCUGACCUGUAUGUUGUUGGGUGGAUUUUAUCAGAAGCACAUGCCAUCAUGGUUAUCUUGGUUUCAAUACAGCGCUGUCAUUACGUACUCUUACGACGCAAUCCUUAGUAUGGAAUUUACCAAUUCGCCGUCAUUCAGUUGCCAAGAAGUGGACUCGUCAUAUGCUGCAUGCAGGAACAAUGGGACCGCUAUCGAGGGCAGUGACAUCUUAGAAAAGCUGAACGUGGCAAGGUCUGCAGGCGUGAAUCUCGCCGUACUUUUCCUGUUUAACGUUGUGUUCAGGGUUAUGGCGUAUCUUUCUCUGCGCUACGUUCACAAGCCCAAGUGAUGGGAAUCAAUGAGGAUCCAAGGCAUACACAGGACACCGUGAUACACUGCUUGUACUCGGCUUUUUGUCGAAGGGGGGGGGAGGGGGGAGAGAGAGAGAGAGUUAACAUUGACUAAUUCGAACUCGUGCGCAAAAAACGUUGUAUGGACGACAAAGGGUUAGAGCGCCAAACCUUAGUCUCGCCCCAAGCCCUUUCCUCUUAAACCCUUGCCCCAUACUCCUUCGUGAUUUCGAGACUUCAAGCAGUACAGCCACGUGAUUAAACCGUCUCGUUUUGAUGCUCAAAACGCGGUGCGACACAAGAUUUAAACAUAACUGGUACACUAAAUGACGAUUGGUGUUUACUUUGUUAUUUACUAGUUUUUGUUUUGUUUUUUAUUUGGGAACUAUAUUUAAAAUCUACUACAUAUUUAAAAGUUACCGGUUUGUUUAAUGGUGUUGUAUUAAAUAAUCAUGGACACUGGUUGAGUGUUCAAAGACGGCAAAGACAUUAACUUCUUGAGUUUCCAACAGAUCGAGGGUAACCAGCCCUCUGUUUACAUUCAAAUUAUACUGUCUGGAGAUUUCAACUAUUACUGUUCGUCUUUAGCGUCAUUUCAAAGAAAUAUUUAAAUGGUAUAGUGGUUAGCUAAAAUACGUUUGAGAAAUAUAUAUUUAAAGUGUUACGUCCUAUUUGAGACAGAGGAUAAAAUCAUAAAAUCAUAAAACAUUCCCAAAGAUUAGUCACUGCGAGAUUUCGCAUUAAAGAAUUAUACGUAAAAGAGCCAUAGCAUUUAUUUUCUGCCUAGCGUGAUUUGUUAAGAAAACUAAUUCGAAGGAAUAACUUUGCAAACGAUGCUCUUGAAAAAGGAAGGGGGAAACAUCGCCAUUGUUUAGACAUAUACCCGUUUUCGUUCUUUCAAGAUUGCCUGUACAGAUGGUAACAUUUGCAGCGCCUUCGGUCUUGAAG